GAAGGCCCUUCACCGUGCGGAAUCAGCGCCGGAACGGUCCAAUAUGGCGCAGUUUGGCGAAUAAGCCUCGAUUGGGCUUAAUUUUGUUGUGCGCGUGCUGCUAGUCAGUCGGCAUCGGUUAUUGCACAUUGUGGACAACAAACAACAAUGUCGCAGAUCGUGACCUCCGACUCAAAGGCUCCCUUGCGGGAGGUGAAGAGGGUGCAGUUUGGCAUCCUCAGCCCCGAUGAAAUACGGCGCAUGUCUGUGACUGAAGGGGGCAUCAAGUACCCCGAAAUCUAUGAGGGUGGCAGGCCCAAGCUGGGGGGCCUCAUGGACCCCCGGCAAGGGGUCAUCGACCGCACCUCGCGAUGUCAGACAUGCGCGGGCAACAUGACCGAGUGCCCGGGCCACUUUGGACACAUUGACCUGGCCAAGCCGGUGUUCCACUGUGGCUUCCUCACCAAGACCAUCAAGAUACUGCGAUGCGUCUGCUUCUACUGCUCCAAGUUGCUCGUCAACCCCAACAAUCCCAAGAUCAAGGAAAUUGUGGGCAAGACGAAGGGGCAGCCGCGCAAGCGCCUGGCACACGUCUACGACCUCUGCAAGGGCAAGAACAUUUGCGAGGGAGGCGAUGAAAUCGACACCAAGCUAGGGCCCGACAGCCAGGUCCAAGAGGACACCAACAAAAAGCAGGGUCACGGCGGUUGUGGCCGCUACCAACCGAGCAUCCGCAGGAGUGGCCUGGAUUUGACAGCGGAGUGGAAGCACGUCAACGAGGACUCUCAAGAGAAGAAGAUUGCCCUGACGGCCGAGCGCGUCUGGGAGAUCCUCAAGCACGUUUCCGAGGAGGAGUGCGUGAUCAUGGGCAUGGACCCCCGCUAUGCCAAACCAGACUGGAUGCUGAUCACGGUCCUGCCAGUGCCCCCGCUCGCCGUGCGGCCGGCGGUCGUCAUGUUCGGCUCUGCCCGGAACCAGGACGACUUGACGCAUAAACUGGCCGACAUUGUCAAGGCGAACAACGAGCUGAUCCGCAAUGAGCAAAGCGGCGCAGCUGCCCACAUCAUUGCAGAGAACAUCAAGAUGCUUCAGUUCCACGUUGCGACCCUGGUCGACAACGAAAUGCCCGGUUUGCCCCGGGCCAUGCAAAAGUCCGGCCGUCCCCUCAAGUCAAUCAAGCAGCGGCUGAAAAGUAAAGAAGGCCGAAUUCGAGGCAACCUCAUGGGCAAACGAGUUGACUUUUCGGCCCGUACAGUCAUCACCCCCGACCCAAACCUGCGUAUCAACGAGGUCGGAGUACCCCGCUCUAUCGCUCAGAACCUCACUUUUCCCGAGAUCGUCACUCCGUUCAACAUUGACAAAAUGCACGACUUGGUGCGGAGAGGCAACAACCAGUACCCGGGUGCCAAAUACAUCAUCCGAGACAAUGGUGAAAGAAUUGAUCUUCGGUUUCACCCCAAGGCCAGCGACCUUCAUCUUCAGUGUGGCUACCGGGUGGAGCGGCACGUCCGGGACGGCGACAUCAUUGUGUUCAACCGUCAGCCGACGCUACACAAAAUGUCCAUGAUGGGGCACAAGAUCAAGGUGCUGCCUUGGUCCACAUUCCGAAUGAACCUCAGUGUGACAACUCCGUACAACGCUGAUUUUGACGGAGACGAGAUGAACCUGCACGUACCACAGUCUCUGGAGACGCGUGCCGAGGUAGAGCAGCUAGCCAUGGUGCCCCGACAGAUCAUCACACCUCAGUCCAACAAGCCCGUCAUGGGUAUUGUGCAGGACACUCUCACCGCUGUCCGAAAGAUGACCAAGCGGGAUAUCUUCCUUGAAAAGGACCAGAUGAUGACAAUCCUCAUGUUCUUGCCCAUCUGGGAUGGCAAGAUGCCCAUGCCGGCUGUGCUCAAGCCCAAGCCCCUGUGGACGGGCAAGCAGAUAUUUUCCCUCAUCAUCCCCGGCAAUGUGAACCUCAUCCGAACACACAGCACUCACCCGGACGAGGAGGACGAUGGACCCUAUAAGUGGAUAUCGCCGGGUGACACCAAGGUGCUGAUUGAGCAUGGGGAGCUGAUCAGUGGCAUAGUGUGCAAGAAGACAGUAGGUGCCUCGUCGGGCUCGCUGAUGCAUGUGGUGUUUGCCGAGCUGGGCCACGAGGUGGCAGGGGCCUUCUACGGCCACAUCCAGACGGUGGUCAACGCCUGGCUCCUCCUGGAGGGCCACACCAUCGGUAUCGGCGACACCAUUGCCGACAAGCAGACUUUCAUCGACAUCAAGAACACCAUUGAGAAGGCCAAGCACGACGUGAUAGACGUCAUCGAGAAGGCCCACAACGACGAGUUGGAGCCAUCGCCAGGAAACACCCUCAGGCAGACCUUCGAGAACCAGGUCAACCGCAUCCUGAACGAUGCCCGUGACAAGACUGGUGCCAGCGCCCAGAAGUCCCUGUCCGAAUUCAACAACUUCAAGGCCAUGGUGGUCUCUGGAGCCAAAGGCUCGAAAAUUAACAUAUCUCAGGUUAUUGCCUGUGUGGGUCAGCAGAACGUAGAAGGUAAGCGGAUCCCGUUUGGCUUCCGCAAACGCACACUGCCCCACUUCAUCAAGGACGACUACGGCCCCGAGAGCCGUGGCUUCGUCGAGAACUCGUACCUGGCCGGUCUGACCCCUUCCGAGUUUUUCUUCCACGCCAUGGGAGGAAGAGAGGGUCUCAUUGAUACUGCUGUCAAGACUGCCGAAACAGGUUACAUCCAGCGUCGUCUGAUCAAAGCUAUGGAAAGUGUGAUGAUUGCCUAUGACGGCACGGUGCGAAACAGCAACGGCCAGGUGAUCCAGCUGCGUUACGGAGAGGAUGGCCUCGACGGAGGCACCGUCGAGUUCCAGAGCAUGCCCACCCUGAAACCUUCCAACAAAUCCUUUGAGAAGAAGUUCCGUUUCGACGCCUGCAAUGAGCGGUACCUGCGUAAGGUGUUCACCGAGGAUGUGGUGCGUGAACUCAUGGGCAGCGCCACAGCCGUCUCUGAGCUUGAGAAGGAGUGGGAGCGGCUCAAGAAGGACAGGGAAAUAUUGCGAACCAUCUUCCCGACAGGCGACAGCAAGGUUGUGCUGCCGUGCAACCUCCAGAGAAUGCUCUGGAAUGCUCAGAAGAUUUUCCGGGUGAACCUGCGUGCACCCACAGACCUGUCUCCUCUUAGGGUGGUGCAAGGUGUGGAGGAGCUGGUGAAGAAGCUAGUGAUUGUGCCUGGUGAGGACCACCUUAGUAUCCAGGCAAACGAGAACGCCACCUUCCUGUUCCGGGCUCUGUUGCGGGCCACUCUGUGCUCUAAGCGCGUGGCCGAGGAGUUCCGACUCUCCACAGAGUCCUUCGAAUGGCUUCUGGGCGAGAUUGAGACCCGGUUCCACCAGUCACAGGGUCAGCCUGGUGAGAUGGUGGGUGCUUUGGCCGCCCAGUCACUCGGUGAGCCGGCCACCCAGAUGACCCUGAACACUUUCCACUACGCCGGUGUGUCGGCCAAGAACGUCACACUGGGUGUGCCCCGUCUGAAAGAGAUCAUCAACAUCUCCAAGAAGCCUAAGACACCCUCGCUCACCGUCUUCCUGACGGGUGCUGCUGCACGAGAUGCCGAAAAGGCCAAGGACGUUUUGUGCCGGUUGGAGCACACCACCCUCCGCAAGGUGACUGCAAACACGGCCAUCUACUACGACCCCGACCCGCAAAACACGGUCAUUGCGGAGGACCAGGAGUUCGUGAACGUCUACUACGAGAUGCCCGACUUCGACCCCACUCGCAUAUCACCCUGGCUGCUCCGUGUCGAGCUGGACCGCAAGCGUAUGACGGACAAGAAGCUCACCAUGGAGCAGAUUGCCGAGAAGAUUAACGCUGGUUUUGGUGACGACCUGAACUGCAUCUUCAACGACGACAAUGCCGAGAAGCUGGUGCUUCGGAUACGAAUCAUGAACAGCGACGAUGGCAAGUUCCAAGAUGAGGAGGAACAAGUGGACAAGAUGGAGGACGAUGUCUUCCUUCGUUGCAUUGAGGCCAACAUGCUGAGUGACAUGACACUGCAGGGCAUCGAAGCCAUCACAAAGGUGUACAUGCACCUGCCUACCACGGACAACAAGAAGCGCAUCGUUCUCACCGAGACUGGAGAGUUCAAGGCCAUCGCCGAGUGGCUUCUGGAAACGGACGGCACCAGCCUCAUGAGAGUGCUGAGUGAACGGGACGUCGACCCCGUCCGGACAUACUCCAACGACAUUUGCGAGAUCUUCGCUGUGCUGGGAAUAGAGGCGGUCCGAAAGGCCGUGGAGAAGGAAAUGAACCACGUCAUCUCAUUCGACGGCUCGUACGUCAACUACCGCCACUUGGCCCUCUUGUGCGAUGUGAUGACCGCCAAGGGACAUCUGAUGGCCAUCACUCGUCACGGAAUCAACCGACAGGACACGGGGGCCCUGAUGAGGUGUUCCUUUGAAGAGACUGUUGAUGUGCUCCUGGAUGCUGCUUCACAUGCUGAGGUUGACUACCUGAAGGGUGUCUCUGAGAACAUUAUCAUGGGACAGUUGGCACGUAUGGGCACAGGGGCAUUUGACCUGAUGCUUGAUGCCGAGAAGUGCAAGUAUGGCAUCGAGAUCCCCAUGAACCUGCCAAUGAUGGGAUCCCUCUGUGGCCCUGGAGUGUUCUUCGGCAGUGCAGCCACACCAAUGGCUGGAAUGUCUCCUCAGAUGACACCGUGGGCGACAGGUGCCACUCCGGCUUAUGGCAGUGGUUGGUCACCUAACGUGGGAAGUGGCAUGACACCAGGAGGUGCUGGCUUCUCACCCUCUGCAUCAAGUGAUGCUAGCGGCUUCAGUCCGGGUGCCUGCAGCCCUGCAUGGUCACCGCAGCCAGGCUCGCCAGCCUCGUCACCUGCAUCACCUUACAUACCCAGCCCCAGCUCCCCAAACUACUCGCCCUCGUCACCUGCUUAUGCACCUUCCUCCCCCUCUCUCACUCCGGCUUCCCCAACCUAUUCCCCGACAUCUCCGUCAUACUCUCCCACAUCUCCAUCCUAUUCGCCAACGUCACCCACGUACUCGCCCACUUCCCCCAACUACUCUCCCACAUCGCCGAGUUACUCGCCAACGUCUCCCUCAUACUCCCCGACAAGCCCCAGCUACUCCCCAACGUCACCAUCCUACUCCCCAACAUCCCCAUCUUAUUCUCCAACAAGCCCGAGCUACUCGCCCACUUCCCCUUCCUACUCGCCAACCUCCCCGUCUUACUCUCCUACGUCUCCUUCCUAUUCCCCCACUUCUCCGUCCUACUCACCAACCAGUCCAAGCUACUCUCCAAGUUCUCCCAACUACACCCCUGCGUCGCCUUCCUACUCGCCAACCUCGCCUUCUUACUCCCCGACAUCACCGUCCUAUUCUCCCACCUCUCCAUCCUACUCCCCGACCAGCCCGUCCUACUCGCCUAGCUCUCCCAACUAUUCUCCUCAGAGUCCUAGCUACUCUCCAGGUAGCCCCAGUUACUCGCCAAGCAGUCCCAAGUACUCUCCAACAUCUCCGUCUUACUCUCCAACAAGUCCAAGCUAUUCUCCCGGAUCGCCACAGUACACACCGUCGUCCCCCAAGUAUUCUCCGACCUCGCCAACGUAUUCACCGACGUCUCCGUCGUACUCUCCAUCAAGUCCGAAGUAUUCCCCGACGAGUCCAAAGUACUCGCCAACGAGUCCCACUUACACGCCUUCGUCACCCAAGUACAGUCCGACCUCGCCUCAGUACAGCCCAACGUCGCCGCAGUACAGCCCCACAUCGCCGAAGUACUCUCCGACAUCACCCAAGUAUUCUCCGACAUCGCCGACAUAUUCUCCUACUUCACCGAAGUAUUCGCCUACUUCGCCUACUUACUCUCCCACCAGUCCCAAGGGCUCAAGCUACUCCCCAACCAGUCCGGGCUAUUCCCCAUCCUCGCCAACUUAUAGCCCCACGAGCCCCAACAUUGAAGAGGAUAGCGACAAUGACUAAACUGGAUUGCACUUGUGCCAAGUGUGUUGGCAUCUGUACAUACAAUGGCUCACGGCCUUAUUCCAUUUUUCUAUGUUUAUUCUUGCUAAGUAAUGUCUAGGUGCUUGACAUCAGGGCAAGGGAAAUGCCAGUGCCUCUCCGCUGCAAGUGAAUUCAUGAAAAGUGUACGGCACUAAAGUUUUAAAUAAAGAUUGUUUUCGGA